GAGCUCACCUCUAGCUGCGGCAGACAGCGGAAGCUGUGCAGACGUGGGGCGAGGCGGGUGCUGCUGGGUGUGCGGAGACUGUGGUAACAGAAGUAUCAUGGAGAACAUUGAAGAAAACUCCGUGGACUCAAAAUCUAUCAAAAAUUUGGAAGCAAAGAUCAUACAUGGAAGCAAAUCAAUGGACUCUGGAAUAUCCUUGGACAAUAGUUACAAAAUGGAUUAUCCUGAAGUGGGUUUAUGCGUAAUCAUUAACAACAAGAACUUUCAUAAAAACACUGGAAUGUCAUCCCGGUCUGGUACAGAUGUAGAUGCAGCAAACCUCAGGGAAACAUUCAUGAACUUGAAAUACGAAGUCAGGAAUAAAAAUGACCUUACACGUGAAGAAAUCAUGGAACUCAUGUACAAUGUUUCUAAAGAAGAUCAUAGCAAAAGGAGCAGUUUUAUUUGUGUGAUUCUAAGCCAUGGUGAUGAAGGAGUCAUUUAUGGAACAAAUGGACCUAUUGAACUGAAGAAAUUAACAAGUUUCUUCAGAGGAGAUUACUGUAGAAGUCUAACUGGAAAACCUAAACUUUUCAUUAUUCAGGCUUGCCGAGGCACAGAGCUGGACAGUGGCAUCGAGACAGACAGUGGGGCUGACUAUGACAUGGCAUGCCAGAAAAUACCAGUUGAAGCCGACUUCCUGUAUGCAUAUUCCACGGCACCUGGUUACUAUUCCUGGCGAAACUCAAAGGACGGGUCCUGGUUCAUCCAGUCCCUGUGUGCCAUGCUGAAAGAGUACGCUCACAAACUUGAGUUCAUGCACAUUCUUACUCGUGUGAACCGCAAGGUAGCAACAGAGUUCGAGUCCUAUUCCCUCGAUGCCACUUUUCAUGCAAAGAAACAGAUUCCAUGUAUUGUGUCCAUGCUCACAAAAGAACUGUAUUUUUAUCACUAAGGAAAUGAUCGGAUUUUUUUUUUCCCAGUUUGUAUGCCAAGUGAAAAGACAGAAAACUGUUACUGUACUUCCCCCUCAUUUAGAUCUAAUCUAACACUCUCCAGGGUACUUUGAAAUAUACUACUUCCAUAGCAAUAAAAUCACAGUGACACUACCUCAUACUAAGGUAGUUGAUACUGAAUUUAACUAGGCAUAAAGUGCACUAUGAUCCAAUCAUUAUGAGGAAAUGAUUGUAAAUUUACAUCUUUCCGAAUUAUCAAGUUUGAAUGAUGCUAUGAAUUUUCAAUUAUGAAAAAGUAAAACAUUGUAGUAAUGAAUUUCAAUACUAUCCCACCACUUAAAACUAUACAUUCUAGUUUUUGUCAGACUAUAGAGAUGAUGAUGUGGAAUAAUGUAUCUUAAAACAUGGAGACCCUUGGGGAUGGUCAGAGGCUUGAACUUUUAUUUUAAAGUUGAUGAAUGGAAAUGAGUCAACUGUAUGUUUCAGUCAUUUGAACUCAUGAUUUUGUGAUGCUUGUCCUGACCAUGUCUUUGUUGUAAAAACUCAUGUCUACUAUUGAAAAAAAACUAAAGAAUUAUUUCAGAGAAAGUAUGAGUAAGCCGAGUUGACUCUUAAGGCUAAAAUGCAAAAGGAUGGAGUUGUGUCUACAAGGUGCUGAAAUGCUGCUGAUCUACAGCAUACCUUAUUUGUUCUCAACAAAUCAGUUGAGCUUUACACACCAGCAAACUAUCUAAAGAACCUCAAACUGUCAGUUAUUAUCAGACUAAUAUGAGGAAAUUCUAUAAGAACAUCCUAAAAUACAACUUAGGGGCCAGCGUUGUGGCACAGCAGGUUAAGCCACCACCUACUACUCCAGCAUCCCAUAUCAGAGUGAGUGCCAGUUCAAGUCCCAGCUUCUCUACUUCCUAUCCAGCUGCCUGCUGGUAUACUUGAGAAGGCAGCAAAAGAUGGCCCAAGUAGUGGGAGACCCAGAUGGCCUGGCCCAGCCAACUGUCAAAGCCAUUUAAGAAAUGAAUCAACAGAUUUAAGAUCUCUCUUUUAAAGAUUCAUUCAUUUAUUUGAGAGGUUGAGUUACAGAGAGGGGGAGAGACUGAGAAAGUUCUUCCAUCUGCUGGUUCACUGCCCAAAUGGCCACAACAGCCAGAGCUCAGUCAAUCCAAAGCCAGGAGCCAAAAGCUUCUUCCAGGUCUCCCACACCGGUGCAAGGGCCCAAACACUUGGGCCAUUUUCUAUUGCUUUCCCAGGCCAUUAGCCAAGAGCUGGAAUUAGAAGAGGAGCAGCCCAGACACAAACGCACCCAUAGGGGAUGCCAGCACUGCAGGCGGAGGCUUAGCCUUCUAUACCACGGUGCCAACCCCUGGAAGAUCUCUUUCUCUGUGUAUCUUCCUCUUUCUCACUCUGCCUUUUAAAUAAAUCUUUUUUAAAAAACUAAACUUAUAUAUUGGACAGCCAAAUAUAAGGAAAAGGUAAUAAGUUGAUCAGCUGGACACUGAUCAACGUGAUCCAAGCCAGGGCAGGGUACGGCACAGCCUAUUCCAUGAAGGCAGGGCCAAAGAGCAUGGCUUUAGAAAUAGGAUCGCCAACUCAUUUCCUCAUGGCUAUUGGUGUGCUUGGAGGAUGUCCCCAAGGCACGAAUAGCCAAGUAAGACAUUGAGCCAAACCAGUAAUUGAGAGUCACAAUUAAUAAUAAGAAAAUGACAGUACACUUUGUAGUCACAUUGGUAAGCAUGUAAUUUUCUGUUGAUGUUUACAAUCAAAGACUUGUGGUAACACUUCAAACUGUUUGAUGAAAUAAAAGGGCUCAUGGUACACAGGACUUUAAAAGUCAUACAGCUGUAGCCCCUUUGGCACAUAGGGGCACCAAAGGCCCCAGCCAGGGAGGCCAGGCUGCAGCCUCCACACGCACAGAGCCCUUGGGCUGUCACCAUACCAUCGCGUUUCGUGAGUUUUCUUUGUGCUCAAUAGAAGACCUCACAUUCACAGAUGACAGCUCUUUGUUUUGAUCAGAUCUGAAGCUUUUUCUAAGUAAAUGUAGCAUGUAUCUUAAAAUUAUAUGACAAUUUUAUAAAACUUUGUCAUUUUGCAUUUUUAUUUCAAAAUAUAAAUUAAAACUGAAGAUUACUGACAUA